CCCAAUACAGUUCCCCACCCAAGCCCAAGCUAGCAGCAGACGAGAGAGAGUGAGUCAAAGCCCUAGCCUUCCCCGGUCAAACCCAACCAAAUCAAUCCCUUUCCUUCCCUUCCUUUUGCAAAUUGGUCUUGAUUUUGGCGAUGAUGAAUCCCGUCGGCGCCGCCGCCGUCGGUGAGCUGUCGAGGUGCCCCAAGCACCCGUCGCAGCCCCCCUUCACAGGAUUCUGCUCUGCCUGCCUCCUCGAGAGGCUCUCCGCCGCAGCCCUGCCAGCAACGCCUCCCGCUGCUCCUCGUCCUCGAGAGCCGGAGGCGGCGAGGACGACGCUCCUCCACCUCUUCCAGCUCCACGACCAACAAUCCCCACCUCCCUGCACAGAUCAGCGACAAGAUCCCAAGGAGCCGCCGCCGCAGCAGCUGCAGCGCAAGCGCUCCCUCCGCCAGUCGUGCGAGUCAUGGAUCGUCUGCUGCGAGCACGGCAACAACGAUUCCUGGCUGCCUUCUCGCCAGUCAUGGGAUGCCAACGACGACUCUGCCCCUCCUGCAACCUCUGCACCUGCUGCUACAACAACAGCUUCUGCUCUCGUUCUCCACUCCAAGCUCCGUCAGCCCUCCUGGAGGAAUCAACUCCGCAGGGCCGCCAACCCAAUCACCGGUCUGCUCAACAGAUCCCUCUCAUCACACUCCUGGAGGGACACCCACGCAGCAACCACCUGUCCCCCACCACAGGGGGGUCCUCUUGCCCGGAUCAAUGGCAGCAGCCAGCACUCUGUGUCCUCUUCUGCUGGCGUCGACUCCGAGAUGUCGCCUGCCGAUUCUCUCCACGCCAAUGCCCGCCCUUCUCUGCUCAAGAGAUUCUACUGGCUCGGACGCAGCCGCAGCGUCCACUACGCUUCGCCGACCAGCCCUCAUACCGGGAUGCUGCGCUUCCGUCUUGCUCCUUCCACCAGGACCAAGACCCAAGGGAAGAACGUCUUUCCUGCUCAAAGACAUGAACAAAAUACCUAACCCUACUUACUGCUGUAAAGUCCCCCUCUUCAAGUUAACUGCAUGCUCAAUUACAUUGGUAAUCUGUUGCAUUACAGACCAGCAACACACAGUGGUGUCAAUUGCCCUCCAUUUGUUUCUUCUCCUUGUAAGGCUUUUUGCUGCUAGCUGCCAUGUCGAGCAAGAUGGCCACACAUUUUGCACUUGAUUCAUACAUACGGUAACUGGGCAUUGUAACCCAUUUGAAGGUGUUAAUAAUUCGUCUCAUUCUUUUAACUGUGUAUGUUAAUAGGGUAAACUGCUGAACCCAGAUAUACCAAAAUAGAAGCUCAUCAUGUUCAUUUUUUCAAGUGAUGACUCAUGGACAGAAUGACAAAGCUGUUUUAGGUUGAAA